CUGCCCGGCGGGACGCGGGGCGGUGCUCGGCGCGGCACGGCGGGGCCGGUACCGAGAGCAGACGGCCCGUGUCGGCCAUGGCGUCCCCGUCGCGGCGGCUGCAGACCAAGCCGGUCAUCACCUGCCUCAAGAGCGUCCUGCUCACCUACACCUUCGUCUUCUGGGUGUCGGGUAUCGUGCUCCUGGCCGUGGGCGUGUGGGGCAAGGUGAGCCUGGCCGUCUACUUUUCUCUACUGGACGAGAAGGCCACCAAUGUCCCCUUCGUCCUGGUGGGUGCUGGCACCGUCAUCAUUCUCCUGAGCACCUUUGGCUGCUUCGCCACCUGCCGCGGCAGCACCUGGAUGCUCAAGCUGUACGCCAUGCUCCUGUCCCUCAUCUUCCUCAUCGUCCUGGUGGCUGCUGUCGUGGGGUUCGUCUUCAGGCAUGAGAUCAAGACAAACUUUGAGAGUAACCUCAACCUGGCCUUGAGGGACUACAAUGUGACUGCAGACCGGCACAGUGAGGCUGUUGACACCAUCCAGAGAACUCUGCACUGCUGUGGGGUACAGAACUACUCGGACUGGGAGAGGACUGAGUACUUCACCCAGAAGGGCAUCCCCCAGAGCUGCUGCAAGAGCCAGGAUGACUGCUCGGAGGAGGAUCUAAAAGAUCCAAGCAAAGCCAAGCUGAAAGUGUUUGUGGAUGGUUGUUUUUUCUUGGUGACAUCAACAAUGGAAUCAAAAAUGAGCGUUGUGGCUGGAAUGUCCUUUAGCAUCGCUUGCUUCCAGUUGAUUGGCAUCAUUCUUGCUUGCUGCCUGUCCCAGCACAUCACCAACAAUCAGUAUGAGAUGGUGUAGCUGGCCCUCAGCAUGCUGUGGCAUUGGCCAGGGUAUGCUCUCUGCAGCUGGGGAGGGUGCCACCACCUCCAGUUCUCCUCUCGAUGCCGCUUCAUGAAGUCUUGCUUUGAACUGACUGAUCUUCUUCUCAACUAGCUCCUAGAAGCGAGUGCAGCAGCUGUCGUGGUGCGCUCAGGGACUUGUCCUAACACUACUCUGCUGUGCCACCGCGUGGGAUAAUUAGUGUAUCUGCGGUGGUUACAGCAAGCGUGCUCCUGCGAGCGCCGCAGCCCCCGGCUCUUGCCUGGGCGACACACUCCAGUGCCGCCCUGAGCCAGCUCUGCUGGCAGCCUGGCGGGACUCCCAGUCCUCAUUUUAGGUGCCUUCAUUGGGAAAGUGAUGCUUCCCCUUAUCUCCAGCAGCUCCUCACCCUCCGAAGGUGGCUGCUCUUGGGAUGGCGCUGUUGCCAUGGUAGAACACAGCCCUGCCUGCCUGAAGCCCUCGGGCUCAGCCAGGUCUCGGCUUGUUGCCAAGCUCUCUCUCAUCCUUGCCCUGGGUUUUAUACACUUUUUUAAAAUAGUUGUACUUUUCUAAGUACAGGCUGUAGUGAUUCUUUGUAAGCUGUAGCGAGGUUUGGUGAUAUAGCUCCUGGUGCCUUUACCUUGGUAGGUGUCCUUGCACCGAGUCAGCUGUGACUUGAUUGUCAGUAUUAUAUGCUGCUUUAACUCACUUUGUGUAUUGAGUAGAACUCUUGUCCUGAAACACAAUAAAUAUUAAGA